AUGUUCCAUACGUCACUACGGCUUUCGUCCCACUACUGCAAAAGAAUUGUGCUUUCAAAACCAGUUGAGGCUGCUUUAAACAAUAAAAGCGGAGUAGUUGCUCUGGAGAGUACUGUUAUUACUCAUGGAUUACCAUAUCCAGUUAAUUUGGAAACCGCUUUGCAUUUAGAAGAAGAGGUGCGCCAAGGAGGGUCAGAGCCCGCCACUAUAGCUUUAUUAGAUGGAGAAAUACAUAUAGGCUUAAAUAGAGAGCAGCUUCAAAGAGUCUCUGAUUCUAUGGAUUCUGUAAAAGUAUCCAGACGAGAUAUUCCUUACGCUCUGGCUCAAAACUUAGUUGGCGGUACAACUGUUGCUGCAACAAUGUUCUUAGCCAACUUGGCGGGUAUCAAAGUAUUUGCUACUGGGGGUAUUGGAGGUGUUCAUCGUGGCGCUGAGGAAACAUUUGACAUAUCGGCCGAUCUACAAGAAUUGGCUAGAACUCCAGUAACAGUGGUUUGUGCUGGUGUGAAGAGCAUUCUCGAUAUAGCUAAGACUGUUGAGUACUUGGAAACACAUUCUGUCAACACUAUAGUGUAUGGACCUGUGAACAGUUUUCCAGGCUUUUUCACCAGUAGAACAUCGAGUAAAGCACAAUUCGCAACAGAAUCUUUAGAGGAAAUUGUGAAAACUCUAGGUGUUGCGACGGAACUCGGUCUUGAAGCGGGCACUAUACUUGCUUGUCCAAUUCCAAAGCAGUAUGAAGGGGAUGGAAAAAUAAUAGAAGAUGCUAUUCAGAAAGCUCUCACUGAAUCAAAAGAACAGCAAAUUAAAUCUCAGAAGAUUACACCUUUCCUCUUGAGCCGAGUAAAUGAACUAACUGAAGGAGCAUCCAUGAGAACAAAUAUUGCCCUUCUGCGGAAUAAUGCCAGAAUUGGUGGGAGGUUGGCUAAGCUUCUUGCUGAAACAACACCGAGAAUAGUAUCAAAACCGGAAUCGCAACCAAUGUUGACUAAUCUAUCGAGCAAACCUAAAAUUACAAUAAUUGGAGCUACAAUAGUCGAUUUUGAGGCCAUCACCCAAGAAGACGUAAAGGAUGAUGGAGCUUCUUACCGAGGAAUAGUUACACAGCGUUGUGGUGGAGUCGCCAGAAACCAUGCUGACGCAUUGGCUAGACUUGGAUGCGAUGCUACCUUCAUUUCGGCAGUCGGAAAUGAUUCCUAUGGACAAUAUUUCUUCGAAAAAUGCUCUCAUAUUAACACUUCCCGAGUGGAGGUCAUACGCAAUCUACCUACUGCAGUUUACUUAGCGAUGAACAGUAAAGGGAAUGUUCGUUUUGGAAUCAACUCUCUCGGAGAGAUCGUAGACCGGAUCACACCCGACUUAAUCCUAAAAAAUGAGGAUGUAAUCGCCGAUUCUAAAUAUGUUCUUCUUGAUGGGAACCUGUCUAUCCAAACGAUUAGUAAAGCCAUUGAACUAGCAGAAUUCUACAACGUGCCUGUUUGGUUCGAACCAACUGAUGUAUUUAAGACUAGAAAAAUAUUUGAUGGUCAAGCAGAAAAAAGAAUCACUGCCGUUUCGCCCAACGCUAAUGAAUUCCGAGAAUGGGUGAAAAUGAAAGGACUUACCUUACCAGAAAAUGUUCUCGCUGAUCCUGAAAGUUUGAGUCAUUAUGUGGAGAAGAAUGUAAAGCUAUUUGAAAACUUAUCACUAUUACUCAUCUCCUUAUCUAAUAAUGGAACCGUUGUAUUCAAAACUGAUGAGGAACAUACUUCGAAAUUUAUUCUACCUCCGCCUGUGAAAAAUUCUGACGUCAUAACAUCAGUUUCUGGGGCGGGGGAUAGUUUGAACAGUGGUAUUUUGGCUGGGUUAGUUCACGGAUUAAAGUUUGAAGAUUGUUUACACCUUGGGCAGACAUGUGCGGAACUAACUCUCAAAACAACUGAAGCUGUUUCGCUCUCUAUCAAUUCAAACUUAUUGAACAAAUUCUAA